CUAAUCUGCAUUUUUUAUUUUGUAACAGAAUUUGAUAUUCACAAUGUAAAAUUUUACUCAUACAAAGAAUUAAGAAUUGCUACUGAAGAUUUUAGCCCUGCCAAUAAAAUUGGAGAAGGAGGUUUUGGUUCUGUCUACAAGGGGCGGCUUAAAGAUGGGAAGAUUGCUGCCAUAAAAGUUCUUUCAGCUGAAUCAAGACAGGGGGUGAGAGAAUUUGUGACAGAGAUUAAGGUGAUCUCAGAAAUAGAGCAUGAAAAUUUAGUCAAACUCUAUGGCUGUUGUGUAGAAGAUAAGCACAGAAUCUUGGUCUACAACUACCUUGAGAAUAAUAGCCUUGCUCAGACUCUUCUUGGUAGUGGUUGCAGUAAUAUCCAGUUUAAUUGGAAAACACGGUCUAAAAUAUGUAUUGGCAUUGCACGUGGGCUUGCUUUUCUUCAUGAGGAAGUACGGCCGUACAUUGUUCACAGAGAUAUCAAAGCAAGCAAUAUUCUUCUUGACAGAGACCUAACACCCAAAAUAUCAGAUUUUGGCUUGGCAAAGCUUAUCCCAGCAAACAUGACUCACGUCAGCACUCGGGUGGCUGGAACAAUAGGUUAUCUAGCUCCAGAGUAUGCAAUUAGGGGGCAGUUGACGCGAAAAGCAGAUAUCUACGGUUUUGGUGUUCUUCUCAUGGAAAUAGUCAGUGGGAGAUGUAACACAAAUACACGGUUACCUAUAGGAGAACAAUAUCUCCUAGAACAGGCAUGGGACCUUUAUGAGCGAAGGGAGCUGGUUGGCUUGGUAGACACAUUUCUUAAUGGUGAUUUUGAUGCGGAGGAGGCUUGUAGGUUCCUCAUGGUUGGUCUUCUUUGCACCCAAGAUAAUCCGAAACUCCGGCCAUCUAUGUCAUCUGUGGUCAAGAUGCUAACUGGCGAGAAGGAUGUUGAGGAGAAGAAGAUAACAAAGCCAGGCUUAAUUUCUGAUUUUUUGGACCUCAAAGUGCGAAGACCUGAGAAAACCAACCCGGAACCCAAGUAUACAUCUUCUUAUAAUGCUUCCACUGGCUCAAACAACCUAGACAAUUCAACCCUGUCAUCAGGAACCUCAACUUCUGCAACUAUGACCUUCAGUGCUUCAUAUAAUGACCAGAGUGUUUAAACAUCGAAGCAAACGAAUUUGUCAAAUAUUAUUCAUUUUAUUCUAUUUUUGGGUUUUGAAGCUUGCCGAUUUGUAAAUUGCACGGCAGUGUUAUUAUUUUGUACUUCCUUGAAAUAGCCGGAGUAUACUCUUGUAAAUGUACCAUGUUUGUUAAAUUAAAAGAAAAUUUUUCUGGUGUUGAUUAAUCAUCAUUCUUCCCUUUUGCGCUAAUCCUGAUAAUUUGUUAUUCUGCGGCCUCUGUCAAAUGCAGGAUCCACUUAUCACCCCUGCUAGUUCAGUUCCAAAGUAAUAUGUUUGUUGCUGUGUUACAUCUUUUUGAGGAAAAGAAAUGAAUUUGUUUAGUAUAUGCAGCAGAAUUCAGCUUCAGGAGCAACUGCAAGUGGCCUAUUGCUUCAGCUGCACCUAUCUGCGAGGCAAGUGCAAAAGAAAGAAGAAUAGGCCAAUUCCAUCUUCUAGUUAAUUUCACUGCAUUGCAGACUCAAACAAAUUAAAAAAAAAAAACUUUUCAUCAUAAAUGGCGAAAAAAAAGAA